AUGUCGAUCGAAGCAUUGGUGCACCUGGUGUGUGCCAACUGCGGUGGAACCGGUGAGCGCCUCAAGCGGUGUACCGCGUGUUCCAUGACGGCUUAUUGCAAUGCAGAGUGCCAAAAGCAGCAUUGGCGGCAUCACAAAAAGGAGUGCAAUCCUUGCGUCCAGUGCCGACAGCCAUGCCGACGCAACGCGCGGGCAGUGCCAGGCCUGGUUGGACUCUUGGAAAUCUGCUCCACGUGCUUUUGCCGCCAAUGGGGUGACGACAUCUCAGACAAGGACUUUUUUGAGCUUAUUUUUGUCUGGCAGAAUGCAAGACCUCAUCAAAAAGGGUUGCGUGGGCUGUUUGACAUUUAUAGCAAGCGACACACAAAGGCCUCUCCCUGUCGACAGCGUGUGCUCACGCGUUGGCUCAUGCAGUUGGCACAACUGGCGGGUCUGAAGUUGAAAGCAGAUGUCGUGUUUGAUGUCAAUGUAUUACUUUGCGUCCCACCUUCCUUAGCACCCUUUAGUCCAGGCAAGCCCAUGAUCGUUGCCUGUAUGGCCAGUCAUAUUGCAGAUGAAGACCAGCUCGCAAAGCUGUCGACAUGCCUGACAUCAGCAACGAAGCAGUCCAUUCAAGUCCAUGAGCUCAUCUUGAGCUGGUCAUGUGCCCCAAAACUACGUGUAGCAUGCCAGGCCAUGCUUGCGCAAUUUAAAGUCACGACACUCUAUCGCUGCACGCCACAGCAGCCAUUCGAGCACUACGCUGGUAUAGCCACACACCUGCAACAGACGCUGCUCCAGGAGGUACCAGAGGAAAACGUGCGCCUGGUGUUCAGCAGAGAUGACGACCUCUGGGACAUGUACCGCAUUGAACAAAUUCUUGACAUUGUUGGCCGGCAACCAUAUUUCAAGCUGCACAUCAUGCCGGCAGCCAAGCCAGAAGACGAGGCACCCAUUCUAGACGGCCUGGAUGGCUUUGGCGAUGUUUGCGGCAACAUUCUCAAGAUGGAACUCAUUUACCGGCGUAGUAUUUUCGCUGGACCCAUAGUGGAGGGCGCAGUCUAUGAGUUUUGGCAAGCAGUUGUCUCGCCAAAGCUGUUCCUGGGCUUUUUCGAGAUUGCCACGCAACCACUUUUACGCGACCAGUACUGCGACUUGGGCUACGCGGCGUACCUUUCUGCGUAUCCCUCCUACCGAGCAGCACAGGCUGAGCGUGAUUUAGCUUGGUGUUACUUUUACCGCGGCUACUUCCAUAACUUUAGGUGCAAUGUCUAUGAAGGUUGCAGGCGUCAUAUGGAAAAGGCUGCUUUAGUUUCGUACUGCGACCCGCGCCGGCUGCCAUAUCUCCUGUGUAUGCUUUGUGAUUGUCUCUUGCCGGAAAUUACAGAUGAAUCUAUGGAUGACCACCCAGGCGGCCUGGAGGUGCCUGCGUCCAUCAUGCGGUUAUAUCCGAUCGAGCAUGUGCUAACUCUGUUCAAAACAGUGGCUGCAAAGUAUCAAUUCGGGAUCCGAUUUGACAAUAUGGUUUCCAGCCUCAAGCAUUCUCUCCUCAAUCACAUGCCCCGAAGGCCGGCCGGAAAAGAGCACACCGAACAACGUCAAUGGUGCCUAGAGACCUUUGUCAGCACGUUCUCUGAGUUUGUGCAGGGUGAAUCAAAAAAUUUGAAUUGA